GGCUUGAAAACAGUGACUCUAUCUGGCAACACGGGCUAAGGGCCUAGCAGGCUAGCAGCUUUAGCUUCUGUUCAGAGGACAGUGGUGUUUUGUUUGGACGUUUCUGAGGUUUUGGACAGAAAGGACGAUACGUGGUUCGCGUCCAAACUCUCCGCAUCUUCCAAAGUGUCAUAAAUGAGUGAAUAAGUGUUACGUGUAAUGACAACGUGACUGUGAUUGUGGAACUAGCAGAUGAUCGGAGCUGCAGUGACGAGGAUGGCGUUGUUUGUGCGAGUUUGAGCUAAAAAUCGGAGCAGCUGCAGUAACGAUGUCUUUACUUCAGUCUCUGAGAGAGUUUAUCAGCGAGCGACUAGCUUGUGCAGCUGAAGAAAUCUUCAGACACUGUGAAGAAAUAAUCGUCCAGUACGAGCAGGAGCUCUGUCGUCAGCGCAGACUGCUGGAUCAUCAUGUCACCAGGAAAUCACAGCUGGACGCUAUAGUCCUCCCCCAGCAUUAUGCAAGUGGAAAUGAGGAUCUCUGCAACCACCAGAGGAAUUCCAGUGUGGAACAAGAGGAGCCAGAACCUCCACGGAUGAAAGAGGAACUAAAGGAACCAGAGUUUACACAGAUUAAAGAGGAACAGGAAGAACCAAAACCUCAGGAGAUUAAAGAGGAGCAGGAGGAACCAGAGUUUGCACAGAUUGAAGAGAAACGGGGAGAAAGAGAAAUUCAGCAUAUCAAAGAGGAGCAAAAAGGGCUCAGUAUCAGUCAGGAUGAAGAGCAGCUUGAUCUGAAGCAAGAGACCGAUACCUCGAUGGAGUUUCCUACUUAUGAGGAAAAUGAGCACAGCGAAGCAGAUCUUAUUAGUCAAUGGAGCUUUGAAGCAACUGAUAAACUGGUUGAAGAAGGAAACCAGCAUGAAGAAUCAACAUCAACUACAGAUGGAGAGACAGACCCACAGAACAGGGGUCAGAGAAAGAGAAGGGACAUAUGUCCUGCUAAUAAUUUGUCAGUCAACAUGAGAACUGAGUCUGAUGAAAGACCCUAUGUCUGUGAAGAAUGUCGUAGAAGUUUUGGUUUCUGGUCUCAGUUCAGAAUUCACAUGAGAACUCACACAGGAGAAAAGCCCUUUUCAUGUAAAGAAUGUGAUAAAAGUUUUUGUGAAAAAUUUAAUCUCAGAAGACACAUGAGAACUCAUACAGGGGAGAAGCCCUUUUCUUGUAGAGAAUGUGAUGCAAGUUUUAGUCAAAUAUGUAGUCUCAAAAGACACAUGAGAAUUCACACAGGAGAAAAGCCUUUUUCUUGUAAAGUAUGUGACACAAGUUUUAGUGAUGCAUCUACUCUCAAACGACACAUAAGAACUCACACAGGAGAAAAGCCUUUUUCUUGUAAGGAAUGUGACAAAAGUUUUACUCAUAUCUCUAAUCUGAAAACACACAUGCGAACUCACACAGGAGAGAGGCCCUUUUUUUGUAUUGAAUGUAAUAAAGGCUUCACUGAAAAGUCUAAACUUAGAAAACACAGAGAAACUCAUAGCAAAGAUCUUGCGCAGUAAAAGACAUCCAUGGUGUAGAAAAGGGUUUAUUUGUUUAAAGAAAGUAAUGUGAAUUUUAUACAUCACCCAUAUAUAUAGAUUUGGAAUAGUGUAAGACCACAUAAUCUUGUUUCAUUUCACAGGGAAAAAGAACAUUUUAUUAAAAAAAGUGUAAUGUUGGAAA